AUGCCACCAACGUUGAGCAAAGAUGAAAAAUUAGAGCAGAGAGCAGUCAUAAAAUUCCUUCAGAAGACAGGGGGUAAACCCAGUGACACUAUAAAGGAGUUUAAACAAGCAUAUGCGAGUAAAGAGAGACGCCCGCUUUGUAAUUGUUGCAAAAAAAUGUCGGAGACAAAGGGGGCAAGUGUGAAACUUGUAACAGUCCAAAGAUUCAAGUUUAUCCCAAAUUUAUCACCAUUUUCUCUGGCAUUGGAAACAUUUAUGAGACUGGCAAAUAUACAAUAUGAAGUUGAAUUCACAAAAACAGUCACUAUCAACAAAGAAACUGGACAAGUACCGUUUGUCAUUGUGAAUGGAGUGCAAGUGAAUGACUCACAAAAGAUUAUGAGCCAUCUCAGUGAGGUAUUUGAUGUCGACCUUAACAGUGAAUUAAACCCAAUAGAGAAGACCAUUUCCCAUGCGUUUGUCAGAAUGAUGAAUGAAUUCACAAGCUGGACAUACUUUUACUGGCGAUAUGUUGACCACCCAGAGUUAAUUUUUCCUGAUAUCAUGGAUUCUCCUGAAUCAUUUGGGAUAAGUCCAGAUGAUCCAGACAAAAAACAAAAUUGGAUUGAUGCUGCGCGAAAGAAGUUGCUCGAACAGACCCACAACCAAGGAGUAGGUAGAAAGUCAAAGGAGGAGAUAUACAAAAUGGGUAUGGAUGACUUGAGAGGUCUAUCUGUGUAUCUCGGAGAAAAACCAUUCAUGUUUGGAGAUAAAGCCAGUGUUGUUGACUGUGUUUUGUUUGGCCACCUUUGCCAGAUUGUCUAUCUCCCUUUACCAACGAUGCCACAUAAGAUAAUGGUUGAAAAUGAGUGCAAGAAUCUAGUGGCAUUCUGUGAUCGCAUGAAAGCAUUGGCAUGGCCUGAUUGGGACAAAUUGACCAACUAAAACAUUUGUCAUUAUGUACUCGUAUAUAUCUAAUAUACGUUUAAUAUACAUAUAUAGCCUGGUUAAAAUAAAUACUUCAUGUCUGCUGAAAAAAAA